AUGGCUACCAAUGGCGAUGAGAAACACUACCGCGCCGUCAUUGGCAACGCCUCCAAUUUCUGGCUCUACUCCUCAAAGACCGGCUUCGAUCUCACCCACCCAGCCAAACCUGACUCGCCUCCGAUCACACCGAGCGUGAGGAUAGAAACAUCUACCAAGCCCAUCACAGUUGAUCCAGCGAAAACGGCUCUCAUCGUCAUCGAUAUGCAGAACUACUUCCUCAGUCCAGCAUUCGGGAGGAAAAGAGGAGCCGGUCACGCAGCAUCGGAUCAGUUAGUCGAGAACGCCAUCCCAGGGUGCAGGAAAGCUGGCAUUCGGGUGGUGUGGGUGAACUGGGGCUUAACGGAGAAAGAGGUAGAUAAGAUGCCGCCGGCGGCGAAGAGGCCGAAUGGGUUUGAAGUCAUUGAGGAUGACGGUACAGGUCGGAGAAUAAAUUUCGAGGAUAUGGUGGAUACGAUUGGAGCCGAUAAACAGGGCAAUCCACGAUACGUCGGUGGGGACGUAUUGCUUGAGAAUGGGAAGAAGACGAGCGUUUUCAAGGGUUAUGGAAAGGAUUUGGGGAGAGUGGAAGAUCCUGAGACGGGCGAGGAGAUUGAAGCGGGUCCUAUGCUCAUGCGCGAUGCGUGGAAUUCUGAUCUCUGUCCGCCGUUGAAUAAAAUCUAUGAGGAAGGCACGAAACUCCAUUCCCGACCCGACGUCUGGAUCCACAAGAACCGCAUGUCGGGCCUCUGGGGCGUCGGCACGGAUCUGGAGGUCUUUCUCGAGAAGGAAGGGUUGAAGACGUUGUUCUUCACGGGGGUGAAUACGGAUCAGUGUGUAUCGGGGACGUUUACGGAUGCUUAUUCGAAGGGGUAUGAUUGUGUACUGCUUUCUGAUGGCUGUGGGACGACGUCGCCGGAUGGUGGGAAGGGGAUCGAGUGGAAUGUGGCGAAUACUUGGGGUUUUAUGGCUACGUGCAAGCAAUUGGCUGAUGGGGUGGCGGGUAUGACUAAGUGA